GCACUCAUGAAGCGGAGAUGACGUCGCGGGGUCUCGCGUCUCGAAGACUUGGUGGGUCGAGGGAGAAAAGAAGAGGCGUGAAAGAAAGGUGCGCGAGACAAGACAAGAGCGGUCCUGGUGGCUAUGCUAGCUGCGCCAAACAAUCUCGCUUCGAACCCCGGCCGAAAGUGGGUAAAGUGGGUAUCAGCAACCAAUCACAAUUUUCCUAGCUCCCCUUCCACAAGUAAAACGCGGGUCAGGAUGGUAGUUGCGCCUUUUCGUGAUAAACGCGCUCAGGCCUCAGCCGGAGAAAUACGCAGCUGUACGAGGCUGUGCUGCUCACGAAUCUUGUCACUUUCGCUCUUGUGUCUGCACCGCAAGUUCUGCGCCCACCUCAUCUCACCUCAUUAUUCUCGCAGCAGACUCUAAACUCGGGCCGUUUUACGAGUCUGGGGCUGUGCUGUGAGGACUUCACUCCGCCUAUGACGAUCUCCUGCAGGGCGCUACACCAACUGCCGCUUCGCUAUCGCAAAUGCUGGUGUGGC